CUUUCCCUUUCCUACUCCUCCCAAGCUACUACCACUUCCUCGCUCGCCACCUGCUGCUUCCUCCCGACUUCGUCUUCCCCGGCCAGCCAGCUCCAAUCCAAUCCAAUCCUACUAGUACUAGUACCAGCCUCCCCCCCGGCAAUCCGCACCGCCUCUCUCUCUCUCUUCUCCGCCACCCCGUCCCGUUCACGCCACUCCAAGUACGCCCGCGCGCCCACGCCAUUACUCCGUCCGACCUCCGCUCUGACCCGGUCCUUGAUUCCAAACUGGAAUGAUCGGCAGCUCAUCGAUCUAGGCGCGCGGACUCCAUGGCAUCCACCAACGGCGGCGGGCUGCGGCACAGCAACAGCAGCCGCCUGGCGCGCAUGUCCUACUCGGGGGACCGCGACGUCCACUCCGCCGCAGCCGCCCCCGCCACCACCGACCGGCCCAUGGUCACCUUCGCCCGCCGCACGCAGUCCGGCCGGUACGUGAGCUACUCGCGCGACGACCUGGACAGCGAGCUGGACGCCGCGGGCGCCUUCUCGCCGGACCGGGACGACGAGUACCUCAGCUACCACGUGCACAUCCCGGCGACGCCCGACAACCAGCCGGCCAUGGACCCGGCCAUCUCGGCGCGGGUCGAGGAGCAGUACGUGUCCAACUCGCUCUUCACGGGCGGCUUCAACAGCGUCACGCGCGCGCACCUCAUGGACAAGGUCACCGAGUCGGACGCCAGCCACCCGCAGAUGGCCGGCGCCAAGGGGUCGUCCUGCGCCGUGCGCGGCUGCGACGGCAAGGUCAUGAGCGACGAGCGCGGGCUCGACAUCCUGCCCUGCGAGUGCGACUUCAAGAUCUGCGCCGACUGCUUCGGGGACGCCGUCAAGAACGCCGCCGGCGCCGCGCUAUGUCCCGGGUGCAAGGAGCCCUACAAGUCCACGGAGAUGGAGGACCUCACUGGCGGUCAGCCGACGCUCUCGCUGCCCCCGCCGCCCGGCGGCGCCCCCGCGUCCAGGAUGGAGCGCCGGCUCUCCAUUGUGCGCUCGCAGAAGGCCAUGACCAGGAGCCAGACCGGCGACUGGGAUCACAACCGCUGGCUGUUCGAGACCAAGGGCACCUAUGGCUACGGGAAUGCAAUCUGGCCAAAGGAGAACGAGGUGGAAAACAACGGUGGUGGCGGCGGAGGCGGCCUCGGUGGCUCCGAUGGCCAGCCUGCGGAGUUCACCAGCAAGCCAUGGAGGCCGCUCACUCGGAAGCUCAAGAUCCCGGCUGCAAUCCUUAGCCCAUACAGGCUUCUUGUUCUUAUCCGCCUGGCUGUUCUUGUUCUGUUCCUUCACUGGAGAAUCAAACACAAGAAUCAGGACGCAAUGUGGCUAUGGGGCAUGUCCGUUGUUUGCGAACUCUGGUUUGGCUUCUCUUGGAUCUUGGAUACGCUUCCAAAGUUGUGCCCUAUUAACCGAGCAACUGACCUCGCUGUCCUGAAGGACAAAUUUGAAACCCCAACGCCGUCAAAUCCCAAUGGAAGAUCUGAUCUGCCAGGGCUUGAUUUAUUUGUGUCCACUGCUGAUCCGGAGAAAGAACCUCCAUUAGUCACGGCAAACACCAUUCUGUCCAUCCUUGCUGCUGACUAUCCUGUCGAGAAGCUUGCUUGCUAUGUAUCUGAUGAUGGAGGUGCUCUUCUCACAUUUGAAGCGAUGGCUGAAGCUGCUAGCUUUGCUAACAUGUGGGUUCCUUUUUGCCGCAAACACACCAUUGAACCUCGCAAUCCUGACAGCUACUUCAGCCUGAAGAAGGACCCAUACAAGAACAAGGUACGCUCAGACUUUGUCAAGGACAGAAGGAGGAUCAAGAGGGAGUAUGAUGAGUUCAAGGUCAGGAUCAAUGGGUUGCCUGACUCAAUUCGUCGCCGCUCCGAUGCUUACCAUGCCAGAGAAGAAAUCAAGGCCAUGAAGAGGCAGCGUGAAGCUGCUCUUGAUGACGCAGUGGAGGCUGUUAAAAUUGCUAAAGCUACCUGGAUGGCUGAUGGCACACAUUGGCCUGGUACCUGGAUUCAGCCAUCCGCGGAGCAUAUGAAAGGUGACCAUGCUGGAAUCAUUCAGGUAAUGCUGAAACCACCUAGUGAUGAUCCCUUGUACGGCAGCAAUGGUGAAGAAGGCACACCCCUUGACUUCACUGACAUCGACAUCCGUCUUCCUAUGUUGGUCUAUGUAUCCCGAGAAAAGCGCCCAGGCUAUGACCACAACAAGAAGGCUGGUGCGAUGAAUGCCCUAGUCCGUUCAUCUGCUGUCAUGUCAAAUGGACCUUUCAUCCUCAACCUGGAUUGUGAUCAUUAUGUCUACAACUCCCAAGCUUUCCGUGAAGGCAUGUGUUUCAUGAUGGACCGGGGUGGUGACCGUCUUGCCUAUGUCCAGUUCCCGCAACGGUUUGAGGGCAUUGAUCCAUCAGAUCGCUAUGCUAACCACAACACUGUGUUCUUUGAUGUCAAUAUGCGUGCACUGGAUGGCCUCAUGGGACCAGUCUACGUCGGCACUGGCUGUCUAUUCCGCCGUGUUGCUCUGUAUGGAUUUGAUCCUCCACGCUCCACGGAACAUGGUGGCUGCUGCAGCUGUUGCUUCCCGCAGAAGCGCAAGAUCAAGGGCAAUACUUCCUCAGCUACAUCUGAAGAGACAAGGGCUUUGCGUAUGGCAGAUUUUGAUGAUGAGGAGAUGAACAUGUCAACAUUUCCCAAGAGGUUUGGUAACUCAAACUUCCUCAUCAACUCAAUUCCAAUUGCCGAGUUCCAAGGGCGUCCGCUUGCUGAUCACCCUGGUGUCAAGAAUGGCCGUCCUCCUGGUGCCCUCACCGUGCCUCGGGACCUUCUUGACGCUUCCACGGUUGCUGAGGCUAUUAGUGUCAUCUCAUGCUGGUAUGAAGACAAGACAGAGUGGGGUCAGCGUGUUGGAUGGAUUUAUGGUUCAGUCACGGAGGAUGUUGUCACAGGUUACCGGAUGCACAACCGUGGAUGGAAGUCAGUGUACUGUGUGACCAAGCGUGAUGCUUUCCGUGGCACUGCACCCAUCAACCUUACUGACCGUCUCCACCAGGUGCUCCGAUGGGCUACUGGUUCAGUGGAGAUCUUCUUCUCCCGGAACAACGCGCUGCUGGCGAGCCGAAGGAUGAAGCUUCUUCAGAGGAUUGCGUACCUGAACGUGGGCAUCUACCCGUUCACGUCCAUCUUCCUCAUCGUCUACUGCUUCCUGCCAGCGCUGUCCCUCUUCUCGGGGCAGUUCAUCGUGCAGGCGCUCGACGUGACCUUCCUCACCUACCUGCUCGUGAUCACUCUGACGCUGGUCAUGCUGGCGGUGCUCGAGAUCAAGUGGUCAGGCAUCAACCUGGAGGAAUGGUGGAGGAACGAGCAGUUCUGGCUCAUCGGAGGAACCAGCGCUCACCUUGCCGCCGUGCUCCAGGGUCUCCUCAAGGUCAUCGCCGGCAUCGAGAUCUCCUUCACGCUGACGUCCAAAUCCGGCGCAGAGGACGAGAACGACGAGUACGCCGACCUGUACAUCGUCAAGUGGACGUCGCUCAUGCUCCCGCCCAUCGUGAUCAUGAUGGUGAACCUGAUCGCCAUCGCCGUCGGGUUCAGCCGCACCAUCUACAGCGAGAUCCCGCAGUGGAGCAGGCUCCUGGGUGGCGUGUUCUUCAGCUUCUGGGUGCUAGCCCACCUGUACCCGUUCGCCAAGGGCCUCAUGGGGAGACGCGGGCGGACGCCGACCAUCGUCUUCGUCUGGGCAGGCCUCAUCGCCAUCACCAUCUCCCUCCUGUGGGUCGCCAUCAACCCGCCGUCCCAGAACUCGCAGAUCGGAGGCUCCUUCACGUUCCCCUGAUCGCAACAUCUCUUAUAUAUCAUAAUAUGAAUUCAUAUACCAUUUGUCCCAGCAGCUGUAGCAGCCUUCUUCCUGGAGCUAGCUGAUGGGGAGUAAAUUCUGACUCUUCCCUGUGGUUAAACUAGGUAUUUUUUGUGUUCUCGAAAAACUGUGGAUCAUACUAGUUCGUUUGUUCUUUUUAUUCUGUUGCUGAGAUGAGGUGAGAUGUGGUUCUGUUUGGACCUGGACAACAUCAAUCAAGUACAAAAAUUCAGAAGUUGUAGCAA